CUCCCCCGAGCCUCGACGUCAACCCCCAUAAGUAGCAUCUGGACCAAAUAAACCACGCUCGCCUGAGGCUAGGUGGAGGGCCGAAAGGACGACUGGAAAUCUCGACUCGAAUCACAUCGGCAACAUGGCACAAGCAUUCCCCUACACGUACUACGCGUGCGAUUGCUACGACAGCAAUACGACGACCUCAACGAAACGCGCCUCACAGAUGAUUGCCGACGCAGAAGCAGAAGACGGAACUUUUGAUCCGCGGAAUCCACGGUCUAAUUAUGCGCUCUACCCGCUCGAACAUCUCCUAUACUGCGAGGACUGUCAGCAAAUACGAUGUCCACGAUGUGUGAUAGAAGAGACGCUGAACUGGUACUGCCCGAGCUGCUUAUUCGAGGUUCCGAGCUCGGUUGUCAAGAGCGAUGGAAAUCGAUGCACGAGAAACUGCUUCAACUGCCCUGUAUGCAUAUCACCUUUGAUAGUCAACGUGCUGGACAACGCCGCCGGGUCUUCCGCGACUGGAGAUCGGCAUAUACUGGCAUGUCCAUACUGCCAUUGGAGUACCGUGGAGACGGGCAUUGAGUUCGAGAAACCCACUGGUGUAUAUGGCCAACUGUCACGCAAAGGAAAUGGAGGCAAAGUAUUACGUACCCAGAAAGAGAUGGACAAGGACCGUGAGUUGCAGAAGGACUCGAUAGCUAGGAAGCGUCCUGAGGGGAACAUGCUAUCUCCCUCUGAGGAAACUGCGACUCUGAAAGACCAGGAGGCACGUAGUCGCGACGAGCUGUUUAACAACCUCGGCGCAUUCUACAAGUCCCAGCUCGAAACUCAGACACCUUCAAACCCUUUCUCGCCGCACGAUCUCAGCUUCUCUUCUCCGUCGGCAUACUCUCGAAUCAUGAAUUUGUACUCAACUGCCGGUGCAAAGAAGCAGAAGCGUGGCAAACCCACGCCAAUGCGCGAAGCCGCUUUUGAAUUCGAGGGGCUGGCUCUCCAUGACCCUGCGGGAGAUGCUGCAGCCAUCGAACGCAUCAAACGAGACGGAUGGGGUAGUACUCUAUCAACUACUCAGAAGCUUAGCCAAAUCAAUCCUCACACGCAAUUUGAUGAUGAACUUCGACCUGUUCCGGCUUUGCUCUGCACCAAGCGCUCGAAACGAUGUCGCUCGUGUCGCCACAUAUUGUCAAAACCAGAGUCAAAGAUCACGUCCACACGUUACAAGAUCAAGCUGCUGGCACUGAACCACAUACCUCGACUUAGCAUCCGCACACUACCUUUGAUUGGCCCCGGCUCUGCUGUUCCUCCUACUCCUGGCUCCUCCUCUUCUCAGCCUACAAGGUUCAAUUACAAUACCUUGAGAUCUGGUAUCCCCACACACUUCCUGCUCCAUCUUAGCAACCCACUCUUCGAUCCUAUCAGGGUCACCUUAGCCACUCCAAGCACGACCCCGGGCAAAGUCCAGUCACGAGUGACGAUCUUGUGCCCGCAAUUCGAUGUCGGGGCCAACACGGACGUAUGGGACGAUGCGCUGUCAUCAUCCGUCUCCCACGUCAGCCAUAGCUCAGUCCUCAGCGCAGACGGUCAGGUAGAAGCAGGCAAAGUCUGGGGCAAGGGACGCAACUGGACGAGUGUCGCUAUUGAGGUAGUUCCGGGCUUUCUCAAAUCAGUCACAGGAUUUGGGAACAGCGGAAGCUUUGCCGAAGGAGACGAGCUUGAUGAAGACGAUGAUUUGCUUGAGAUACCCAUCUUUGUGCGCCUUGAGUUUGAAACUGAUGCCAAUGCGGAGGAGAGGGGUUUAGGUGACUCUAGGGGCUCGAAGGGCGAGAAAGAGAGACGAGAGGAGGCAUUUUGGACGGUCCUCGGCGCAGGACGAAUUGCCCCUUUAGUAAUUUAUUGGUUCCGUACUGAUUUACGCUUGCACGACUCUCCCGCCCUGAAAGCAGCUUUGGAUCUGAAGCCAGAAUGUCUUUACCCUCUCUGGACGUGGGAUCCACAUUACGUCUAUCGAGCGCGUGUUGGGCCUAACCGCUGGCAAUACCUCCUCGACUGUCAGAAUGAUCUUUCAAAGUCUAUUACCAGACUAAAUCCAAAUUCAAAGCUCCUUCUCAUCCGAGAAGCGCCUCAAACGCUAUUCCCGAAGUUAUUCAAGGCAUGGAAGAUUACGCAUCUCGUGUUUGAAAAGGACACAGAUGCGUAUGCAAGGGAACGGGACGAGAAUGUCAUAGCAUUGGCGAAGGAAGCGGGUGUAGAAGUCAUCGUUAAGACGGGAAGGACGUUGUAUGAUCCAGAUGAACUGGUCAGACAGAAUCAUGGGAAGCCAACAAUGAGCAUAAGCCAGGUGCAGGCUGCUGGCAAAAGAAUUGGGAAGAUUCCGAGGCCUAUCCCUGCACCCAAGGGCCUGCCUGAUCCGGGCAACAUUGACUUAGGUUUUGAUCAAGCGAAGCCUGCCAAUUAUCCAGACAUCAAUGCUAUACAACGGGAUAAGGACGAGAUGUCGUACUCUUCGCUUGCAGGUCCCAACGGCGACUUCGCCGUGCCGACGAUAGAGGAACUGGGCUUGAAAGAGGUGACCACACCACAUCGAGGUGGCGAAACGAUUGCACUCAAGAUGCUGGCAGAGAUCAUUGCGAACGAAGAUUACACAGCAACGUUUGAGAAACCGAAGACAGCGCCAACGGCAUUCGAACCUCAGGCAACAACUCUUCUUUCACCACACAUGCACUUUGGCUCCCUCAGCUGUCGCGAAUUCUACUGGCGCGUGCAGGAUGUGGUUUCGAAAUACAAAGGCACGGCAUCACAACCACCAACCAGCUUAACUGGACAGUUGCUUUUUCGCGACAUGUAUUUCGGCGCGCAGGCAGCAUUAGGUUACUCCUUCGGACAGACGUACAACAACCCGCAAUGCCGAUUCAUUCCGUGGCAACUGCCUUCCAGGAUUGAUACCGAGUCCGGCCUAAUAACCGGCGAAUAUCUCAUCGACAACGCAGAAGCUGAAGUCUACUUCCAGCGCUGGAAAAACGGCCGUACUGGUUUUCCCUGGAUCGACGGCCUCAUGCGUCAACUCCGACACGAAGGCUGGAUACACCAUCUCGGUCGACACGCCGUGGCUUGCUUCCUCACGCGUGGCGGCUGCUACGUCGACUGGGAGCGGGGCGCCGAGGUCUUUGAAGAAUGGCUUAUCGACCACGAAGCGGCAUGUAAUAUUGGCAACUGGCAGUGGCUCAGCUGCACAGCGUUCUUCGCACAAUUCUACCGCUGUUAUUCGCCCAUUGCGUUUCCGCAGAAGUGGGACAAGGACGGUGCCUUUAUCCGGAAAUAUGUCCCGGAACUCAAGAACUUUGAUAAGAAAUAUAUCUAUGAGCCAUGGAAGGCACCGAUUGCAGAUCAAAAGAAGUGGGGUUGUCGAGUCUCAGGCGAUGGUUCCGAGACGUCUGAUGGUGAUACGAAGCUGUAUCCUAAGCCUAUGUUUGAUUUCCCUACACGCAGGGAUAUCUGCCUCCAGGGGAUGAAGACGGCUUAUCGUGUUGGAUUACAAGGUAAUGAUCCAAAGGUACUCGAUGGUACUUGGCGAAGUCUUUUCGAUGACAAUGCUGAGGGGCCGACUGGGGGCAACAGUGGGCCGCCGGGUGCAAUGGUACAGCAUGAGGACGUUGGUGGACAUGAGGCGACGCAUGUCGACGAGCCACAUAGUCCGAAAGCGGCGAAGAAGAUUGCUGCGAAGAGCGAAGAAAAGGCAGGACGCAAGAGGGAAGCUAGUCAAUCUACACUGGAUGGCCUGGUGACUCGCAAGAAGAAGGAACAAGACGAAUUAUUUCCCAAUGAGACUCACUUUGGGUAG